UCACAGAGAGAGAAAGAAAGAGCAGAGUCCAGUUUGUUAGAGUGAGAGAGAAAUAGAGAGAGAGAGAGAGAAAAGAACUUCACACCUCCUCCCACUAUUCUUCUUAAUUCUUUCCCUUCACUCCUUCCUUUCCUCAUUAAAUCCGUCAAUUUCCCAUUCAAAUUCUCAUAACCAUAGAAUUUUUUUUUUCUUUUCAUAUGUUUUUUCUGAUUUCCAAAUUUUAAAUAAUAAUAAAAAAAAGCAAUGGUGAAAUCCCAUUUGGUUGUUCCUUGUCUUCUUCUUCUUGUGUGCACUGUUCUUUCCAAUGGAGGAUCAACAGCCAAAGCUGCAGGAACUGAAGAUGGAUCAGAAGCUUGGGGCUAUGUCGAAGUCAGGCCCAAAGCACACAUGUUCUGGUGGUAUUACAGAAGCCCACACAGAAGUGAAGAUCCAAGGAAGCCAUGGCCAAUCAUUCUUUGGCUUCAAGGAGGACCUGGUGGGUCUGGAGUGGGGAUUGGGAAUUUUGAAGAAGUGGGGCCAUUGGACACUUUUUUGAAGCCAAGAAACACAACAUGGCUGCAGAAAGCUGAUCUUUUGUUUGUGGAUAAUCCAGUGGGAACUGGUUACAGUUUUGUGGAAGAUCCAAAGUUGUUGGUGAAGAGUGAUGAAGAGGCAGGCAGUGAUCUGACGACACUUUUGAUUGAAGUUUUCAACAGAAAUGAGACCCUUCAAAAGAGUCCUCUCUAUAUAGUUGCAGAGUCUUAUGGAGGAAAGUAUGCCGUCACUCUUGCCCUCUCGGCUCUCAAAGCAAUAGACCAAGGCAAGCUCAAGCUCAAGCUCGGAGGGAUCGCAUUGGGGGAUACUUGGAUUUCACCCGAAGAUUUUGUUUUUUCAUGGGGUCCGUUAUUAAAAGAUGUUUCGAGACUAGACAACAAUGGCUUCGCUAAGUCGAACAGUUGGGCAGAGAAAAUACGGGAGCAAAUUCAAGAGGGCAAGUUUGUUGAGGCAACCUCUUCAUGGAGCAAGCUCGAAGAUGACAUCAGCUCAUCUAGCAAUAAUGUGGAUUUCUACAAUUUUCUAUUAGAUUCGAAUAUGGACCCUAUAUCAUUAACAAAUUCUGAGCUAUCAGAAAAAUUUUCACUAAGACGAUACUCGAGGUAUUUGAAUUCAUUAAGAGCUACACCCGGUGGUGAUGGUGAUCUAGAUAGCCUAAUGAACGGUGUUGUCAAGAAGAAGCUACGGAUAAUACCAAGCAACGUUACGUGGGGAGGGCAAUCUGAUCUUGUUUUUACUGCCUUAGAAGGGGAUUUUAUGAGGCCAAGGAUCGACGAGGUCGAUCAAUUGCUUGCAAAAGGAGUCAAUAUCACUAUAUAUAGUGGCCAACUUGAUGUCAUAUGCUCCACGAAAGGGACCGAAGUGUGGGUCGAGAAGCUCAAGUGGGAUGGCAUGAAAGCAUUCUUUAGCAUGGAUAGAACACCAAUUUAUUGUGGGGAAGGAAAAGAGACAAAAGGGUUCACCAAAUCCUACAGAAACCUCCAUUUCUUUUGGAUUCUUGGAGCUGGACACUUUGUACCUGUUGAUCAACCGUGUGUGGCACUCAGCAUGAUUGGCAGCAUAACACACUCCCCUAUUGCUACCAAGUAGAUAAAUAAAUAUAUAAAUAUGCUUAUUUAUGUCAUUUAUAUAUUAAAAAAAAAAACUGAUUGCUGGACUCCAAUUAAAAUAAUAAAUCAAAGAAAAUUAGUCAUAAUUGGUGCAUAAUUUGCACCAAUUAUUAUUAUUAUUAUUA